CUCUGUUCUCGUACUUCCACCUUCCCAUCCAACACACAUUUGCCAUGGCGCCGCUCACAGAUCAAGAGAUAUACAAGAAAGUGACGAAGAAUCCGCAAGGGGACAGGCCCGACGCAGACUAUUAUGGCGAUGUGCUAUACCAUGUCUAUGUCUCUCAGGUGCUGAAUGCUAAAGACGAGAAACUCGUGAAGGGGCCACAACAUUUUCGCGAGUUGCUGUUUCAGGAUCCCACCCAACUGGAUGUGGUCGUGGCGGCUCAUGCACGACAAGAUUACACUGAUAUACGGGAUGACGUGCUACAUCUGUCGAGGAGGAUCAUCGCGCCCAACGUAUCCGAUACGCCGAUUCACAUCACACCUUCGCAGCCGCCGUUACCUUCCAAAGCAGAAGCCUUCAACAAUGCGAUCAAAGCCUUCCUUGACACCAUACGAGAGUCGAUCGAGAAGCUUGCAAGGGGGGAAGUUGGUUCACCUGACUGGCACCCUCCCGAGUGCACACCCUCGACGUACGUGCCAUUUCUGGAGGACCUGCACCUCCCCUGCACGACCGAGCAUCCCCACUCGCCCAGUCUGUUGCUGCACCAGCUUGGCGACUUGACCGAACAAACUGAGGCUCGCGAAUGCUUGAACAUGAUAUUUCGCAAGCAGGUGACCUACUUGUGCAACGUCGCAGGCGCUGGAAAGACCCGCCUUCUCUUGGAGGGCCUUACUUUGCAUUGGGGAUUCUUCUUCACCCUGCAUAAGACCUCCUGGGGCGUGGGUUCCAAUGACUGGACGCACGCUUUGAGUUUUAUCGAGCACGAGUCAGACUUCAGCGUGACCAUUCCCCCUCCGCGAGGUAGCGCGGACAAGGACGAUACAUAUCGAAAUCGGCUACACUCCAAUCAAGCUAUUGUACGACGGCGCGUUCUUGCAGUCCUUCUGGCUCGCCUCCUUGUCUUCAGGCUCUUCGUCGAUCAUCUGCCGCCGAACUUGACGUCGAAGGAGGAAUCAACGUAUCGCAAGCGCUGGGUGUCUCUACAGGUUGACCCCGGCUUGCUUCCUUCUCACUAUAAGCGCGACAUCUUCUACGAGCUCACUGAUCUCAUUCUCGAACACAUUCCGGAUGCGAGUAGUACAGCGACACUUCUCCACCCACGUGUCAAAGAAGCUAUCGCAGCCGUACUGCCCGUCAGGCCGGGCCAGCCUGCUACUGGCCCCAUGGGGGAUCGAGAUUUCUACUUCAUUGUGGACGAAGCUCAGUACGCUGCCCAUGAUCUCAAGGAUGCAUUCCGUGCUGGCACGAAGUCGAAUACGAGUGGGAACACCCAGUCAGAGCCGGAGCAUCGUCCCCUUCUCCGUCAGAUCCUCCAUGCACUCCUAGAUGAUUGUCGCAGUCGCCCAGUGCAUGCUAUACCGACGGGCACCAGCAUUUCGCAGGCCGAUUUCCUCAACGCUAUCAAAAGUGCGUUCGGCCAGGCGCUGCCCCAGAAGACUGCGCGUUAUACCGGUGGAAUCCAUACCCAGCAGGAUGUCCAGGCGUUCGCGGGGCGCGUCCUGCCACCCAGCUAUCUGUCGACUACAUCCGGGCAGCGACUAGUGGAGCGGAUGUUCAAGUGGCUCCCGGGAAGGUUUCGACUUAUGGCGCGAUUUCUCACAUACGUCCUUCAGAACGGACUGAGAUCACCACAUCAGCUGUUGAACAGCUUCGUAUUCGCAUACACCGCUGGCUAUGAACCUACUGAUGGUGCGGAUAUGACGGAGAUGGAAGAAGAAAAAAUCCCACUGGCGCUUGUCAAGCAAGGUGGAGACGAGCAGAUUGACUUCGACAGCAUAGAUCAUGAUGAAAGCAUCAGGAAAACAGUCAGCAACACUGUUCGACCUCUCGUCUUCAAUUACAUCAUGAAAUCUAUCAAGAAGACGAUUGUCAGCGAGGCUUAUUCCCCGCUGCUAGUUCAGCUGGGGUUUGCGCACUAUGACACACCGGACGACUCGUCCGUCAAACUUGGAGGACCUCAAGAAGCAACGAUCGACGAGCCCGUGAUCAUCCUGCGCUUGGCGACGUGGCUGAACGGCAAGGCCGAUUAUUCCGCGUAUCAUUACUACGCUAAACACCUCAAGCUCAACGAGGCAGAUGGUUCCAACAACGGAUGGGAGAACUACAUGGCGCAUUGCCUCAUACGGCUGUUCUCCGAGAACCCGUCUGUCCCCCUUCGCGAUAUCUUCGACCCUUUACGCACCGCUGCACGCAACAAGUUCCCCGGGCUCAUGAACCAGACAGCGCAGAUCGUGCGCGUGUACCGCUCGGGUAAAACUGUCCGCCCAUACUGCAUGUGGGGCGAUGUACGCGACAACUAUGCUCCUCACGUAACCCACGCUCAACAUGAGAGCAUUCACCCUCGCGUUCCCGACCUCUGUCUUGGCGACACUCCUCAUACGGAAGGCAAAGACUCUCCCGAUGAAGCUGCACUCAAGAAGAAAUAUGAGCAGACGAUCUCGUGGCUGAAAAGCAACUCGACGGCGAUCUUCUUUCCUGAUACGAACUUCGGUCCCGACCUCAUGUUCGUCCUUCGUUUGCAGGACGGCACGUUUUGCUGGCUGGCUGUGCAGUGUAAAUUGGUCACACCGACGACGACGAUGUGUAAGGUGCCGCCGGAGGCCGUACAGUCUGCUCUACACUCGGUCACGCCGCAGAACUUCUUUCUUUCGAAGAACAGGAAAGUGCCCGUAGAGUACGAACGACAGAGGAAUAAGGACGCGCUCGACGCCCUCAAAGAGUUGCCUCAUCGCACGUCCCUUGCGGGGGAGUUCAGCUGCAUACGCGCUGUCGCUCUCUUUCCUGGCAAGGUCAAAUUGGAAAAGAAAGCCCGCCAGGAUCGGGACAGUCAUCCGCUCGUCGCAGUGAACUUUGCACGCCUGAAGCAUGCUGUGUCUGGCCUCGAACCGCGCCUGGUACUAGAAGAACAUGAACAAGCGAAGUUCAAGGAAGCCCGCGCCAAUGUGGACAUUGCCACGGCCGCGAAGCAGAAGGAGGGGCAGAAGGAGAAAACGGAGAGCAAGUUUGCUGCGAUGGCGGUGCAGCAGGCAGUAGGGAAGGUGCUCGGGAAGCCCAGCAGUCCUGUACACCGCCCUCGGUCUCGAAACAAUCUGGCCCUCUCCGAUGCUGGCCCUCCCGGACCCUUACAUCGGCUCUACCGCGCGCACGACGACUUCGAACCAUCUUGGUCCGCCCAUGCACCCUUGCGCCCCCAUUUCGACCCGAGCGCGUUGCCUGCUCUUGAUGAGUUGGUGCCGGACGACGCCACCGUGGCCUCAGGUCCUCCACCGACCGAGAGCGAGUACACGUCGGGCUCGCACGCUAGUACAUCGUAUCCGCCCUCCACCGUCUUCUCGCACGGUCAGUAUGCCAGCGGCGCGGCCUCCGCUCCCAACCUGUCCUCGGACGGCAGCGGAGGGGCAGCUCUGACGCGGGAUCACCUAGAGCAGUUGCAGCAAUCCAUGAAUAGCGACAGCGCGCUGCACACGACGAGGUCGGCCAUGCUUCCGCCGCCACCACCGACUCGCCAACGCUCGAGUGCGUCGUCGUCGACGAAACGAUCGGCCGCGGCCUCGGACGACGCGGACACCGUAUCCUCGCUCAGUACCGUGACGAAGAAGCGGAGGCAUCGCUGAAUCCGCUACGUGUGUGAGUAGAUCCAGCUCGCACAUGGUCCGCUCGUCGUCUUGCACGCGGCAGCUCCUGCGACCUCUGGUCAU